CUAAAAAAUGGCUUCUCAAAUUCUCCUUCUAGGGGUUAUCAUGAUAACUUGUACAAUUGCCUUUGCAUCCGACAGUAGCCCUCUUCAAGAUUUUUGUGUUGCAGACUUUAAUGGUCCAGUUCUAGUGAAUGGUUUCACUUGCAAAGAUCCAAAGCUUGUACAGGCAAACGAUUUCUUCUUUAGUGGACUGCACUUAAUGGGAAACACCUCAAAUGCCAUGGGAGCUGAAGGGACUCUAGUGACUGUUGCCCAACUACCAGGCACCGUUCAAGUUGGGUUCAUCACAUCCAGCCCUGAAAAUCGUCUAAUCACCAAAGUACUUGAGAAGGGUGAUGUUUUUGUUUUCCCACAAGGUCUUGUUCACUUUCAGAGAAAUGUCGGAAAUGGCAAUGCUAUUGGGAUUGCAGGUCUAAGUAGCGAAAACCCGGGUGUUAAUACAGUUGGAAAUGCUGUGUUUGGAGCAAAACCUGAUAAUCCCGAUGAUCUUUUGGCAAAUGCUUUUCAGGUGGAUGUGAGCAUCAUGGAUCAAUUUCAGUGGAAAUUCUAG